GGGCCGGCCGAGGGCACCGGGCGCGCUUCCGCCGGCCGCGCCGCGCACGCCGCGGUAAAUGGGAGGCUCGGCCGGCAGGGGCGGGAGCCGCGCAGCCGGGGAGUUUCAGGAACUGCAGGAGCGGGCGGCGGCUGGAGUCGCCGAGCGCCCAGCGGCGGGGCCUGAGCGCCGAGACUCGGGGCCGCCGCCGCCGCCGCCGCCGCCGCGCCGGGGCCCAGCCGUAGCCGCCGCCGCCGCCCGCCCGCCCGCUCGCCUCGGGCCGACAGCCGCGGCGCCGGAGAGGAGCCGGCCGUCCCGGGCCGGGGGAGCCGCCCGCCAUGGCCACCAAGGCUCGGGUUAUGUAUGAUUUUGCUGCUGAGCCUGGCAAUAAUGAACUGACGGUUAAUGAAGGAGAAAUCAUCACAAUUACAAAUCCGGAUGUUGGUGGAGGAUGGCUGGAAGGAAGAAACAGCAAAGGAGAACGGGGGCUUGUUCCCACAGACUAUGUUGAAAUUUUGCCCAAUGAUGGAAAAGACCCAUUUUCUUGUGGAAAUUCAGUGGCUGACCAGGCCUUCCUCGAUUCCCUCUCAGCAAGUACAGCUCAGGCCAAUUCGUCAGCUGCCAACAGUAACAACCAGGUGGAUAUUUUGGCUCAGAUUGGUUGUAUUGAAAGUCUCAGCCAGUCACCACCUUCUUCAUCUUCUCCUUCUCCUUCUCCUACCAUAAAUAAGCAGGUCAGCAGUGGCAAUGACCCCUGGUCAGCCUGGAGUGCUUCCAAAUCUGGAAACUGGGACAGCACGGAUGGCUGGGGGGCCAAGCCAGAGGGGACCACGGCCCAGAGAAACACCUCCAAUAACUGGGACACUGCCUUUGGUCACCCCCAGGCCUACCAAGGACCAGCCACCGGUGAUGAUGAUGAGUGGGACGAAGACUGGGACGACCCCAAGUCCGCUGCUCCCUACUUCAAGGAUUCAGAGUCAACAGAAGCAGGGGGUGCUCAGCGGGGCAACAGCCGAGCUGGCUCCUCAUCCAUGAAGCUGCCACUCAACAAAUUUCCUGGAUUUGCAAAACCUGGAAUGGAACAGUAUUUGUUGGCCAAGCAACUAGCAAAACCCAAAGAGAAAAUUCCUAUCAUUGUUGGAGAUUAUGGCCCAAUGUGGGUUUAUCCUACCUCUACGUUUGACUGUGUGGUAGCAGAUCCCAGGAAAGGCUCCAAAAUGUACGGUCUGAAAAGCUACAUUGAAUAUCAGUUAACACCUACUAACACUAAUCGAUCUGUAAACCACAGGUAUAAGCACUUUGACUGGUUAUAUGAACGUCUCCUGGUUAAGUUUGGGUCAGCCAUUCCAAUUCCUUCUCUCCCAGAUAAGCAAGUCACAGGUCGCUUCGAAGAAGAGUUUAUCAAAAUGCGCAUGGAGAGGCUCCAGGCGUGGAUGACCAGGAUGUGUCGUCACCCAGUAAUCUCAGAAAGUGAGCUUUUCCAGCAAUUUCUAAAUUUCCGAGAUGAAAAGGAAUGGAAAAGUGGAAAGAGGAAGGCUGAGAAAGAUGAGCUGGUGGGAGUUAUGAUAUUUUCCACCAUGGAACCAGAGGCGCCUGACUUGGACUUACUAGAAAUAGAACAGAAGUGCGACGCCGUCGGUAAAUUCACCAGAGCCAUGGACGACGGCGUGAAGGAGCUGCUGACAGUAGGACAGGAGCACUGGAAACGGUGCACGGGACCGUUACCCAAGGAAUAUCAGAAGAUAGGAAAGGCCUUGCAGAGUUUAGCGACAGUGUUUAGUUCCAGUGGUUAUCAAGGCGAAACCGAUCUCAAUGCUGCAAUAACGGAAGCAGGAAAGACUUACGAAGAAAUUGCCGGUCUCGUAGCAGAACAGCCAAAGAAAGAUCUCCAUUUCCUCAUGGAAUGUAAUCAUGAAUAUAAAGGUUUCCUUGGCUGCUUCCCUGAUAUUAUCGGCGCCCACAAGGGAGCAAUAGAGAAAGUGAAAGAAAGUGAUAAACUGGUCGCAACUAGUAAAAUCACCCCUCAGGACAAACAGAACAUGGUGAAGCGAGUUGGCACCAUGUCUUACGCAUUGCAAGCCGAGAUGAAUCACUUCCAUAGUAACCGGAUCUAUGACUACAACAGCGUCAUCCGCCUGUACCUGGAGCAACAGGUGCAAUUCUACGAAACAAUUGCAGAAAAGCUGAGGCAGGCCCUCGGCCGCUUCCCGGUUAUGUAGAACACACCGGAACACGAAGAGAACUCCGAAGUGCUUCCUCCUGACUUUGGGCAAUGCAAUCUUAUUUUUUUUCCCCCUUCAUCAAAAACAAAAAGGAACGAAAGAACGGAAACCAAAAAGAAAUAGAGUUGCAAAAAACUGCGUCUGUUUUAUUAACCAACCUAAAUGGAUCAGUUACGUAGGGAUAGUCGUCUUUGGUUCGUUUCCACCUCCAUUAUUUAAAACAAUGGAAAUUGUCUCUAUUUUUGGAAAGUACUUAAAGUUAUCAGAAUUUUGAAUGGAAAAUUAGGGGUUUCCCCCACUGUUAUUUUACAUAAAAUUGUAAUUUUUACGUCGUCCAUGAUCUCCUGGGUCUUACCCAAUGUCGGAUAAUUACUAAUUGCUUUCUUAAAAAUAUGAAAUAUACCAGAAUAAAAAAUA